AUGGCGGCGAGUCGAGUGGCCGGUGGCGUGGCGCCUGUGCCACGCGCCGAGCGCCCGCCAGGGGCAAGCCUCCUUGCGCUGCCUGCAGAGGUUCUGGUUGUUGUGAUGGACGCGCUUCCGCUGCAGUCUGUCCUGGCGCUCCGUGCGACGUCGCGGCGACUGCACGAGGUAGUCCCGUUGGCGUCGCGGUGGUGGCGCGGCCCUGCGCUUGUCCUGGCGCCUGCCGCCGGUGCGGCCAGCCCGGCUUCCGUCGCCGCCGUCCUCGCCAACCGCCUUCCUGCCCGUCACCUCGAUGUACUGCGGCUAGCGCCAGCCAAGCAAGUCGCGCUUGGGCAUGCGCUGGAUGACGUUGGCGUAGUCCUUGGCCGGCUCCGUAAGCUGGCUGUGUGCGAGCCGGCCGCCGCCGCGUGGGCGGCUGCCCAAGGCUCCGUCCUCGACCUCCACGUCGCCCAGCUGGCGAUGAAGGCGGAGCGGAGGUGGGGAGACGAGCUGCUGAGUGACGCCACCCACUCGCUGGUGGUCUCGUCUGGACUGGCGCGGGCGACCAUGUACGGAUAUCCGCGGCUCGACGACUUGGUAGUGGCGGCGGGCAGUCUGGUGCGGCUCGAUUUGUCCGGUGUCAUCCUCGGCGUCGGGCUCGCCUCGGACCUCUGCCCGUCGUUCACCGUCCUGAAAAGUCUUACUCUCAACAUCGUGAGACUUACAGAACUUGUGGGGCUUGUGGUUCCGCGAACGCCGGCCCUCUCUGUCUUGCGCGUUGCCGGCAAGCUUGUGGCGUCACACAAAGACGACGACAUGGCGCUGAUCCUAGCGUGGGUGGCGGCCGAAGACGCCAAGUCCGGCGGGCAAGGACUGCGACAGCUAGAGGUCAACUCGAGCAAGCAUGUGAGCUGGAGCGCCGUUCGUGCGCUCAUGAUUGGCAUGCCCCAGCUUCGCGUCGUCGGCAUGCGGGAUGUCCACUCGACGAUGGACGGCAACGCGCGAUGCAUCGAGGUUGCUGAUAACAGCGAGCUUGCGAGCUUGGAUCUCUCGUUCAACAAGCUCCUCCAGCAUUGGCGACAGAACGUUGUGCUUGAAGGCUUGGUGCGACUCGACGUGUCGUACUGCUCGUUGCCGCGGGUGGCGCUGAUCAUGGUGCUCGAGGCGACGCCUGCGCUCGAAGCGCUCGAGGCGCGUGGCGAGUUUGCGGUCUCGGACUCGCUGGUCGACGAUCUGAGUGAUGUGUGGCAGAGCUCGCGGCUGCGUUUCCGCAAGUUGUAGUGAGGCUCGGGGGCAGCGGGGAGCGGAAGCAUUUAUCGUCUUGCUAGCACCGCUCGAAGAUCUUGUACAAGUUCUCUAGCGCAGCGAUCUGGAGAACGGUACCGUCGGUGGCAAAGCGCGACGGCGGGAAAACGAUGAGCGAAGCGCGGGGAAGAGGACGUGCUCGAUGGCCCAUGCUAGGGUCGCUUGCGAGCCGGGCAUGACGGCCUCGUCGAGGUGCUGCUCGGGCUUGAUGGCGUAGAGCUGCGCAAGGGCGGUGAGAAAGGUGGCAAAGCAGGGAAGCUCGGCCGACCAGUCGACACUGUUGCCGAGCUGGAGGAGGAAGGCCGGGACGGCCCACAUGGGCGGAAGAACCGAGGGGAGGAGCUGCGGAAGAGCGACGAGCGCGGCAGCGUCGGUGUCAAUGACGACGCCAAAGUACUCUUCGAGCAUCUCGGCCUUGGAAACGAGAAAGUCGGCGGUAGCAAGGGCGAGGACGUCCUUGGGCCCGUCGUCGGGCGACCAGCCUGAGGCGCGGUCGUCGAGGGCGAUAGUGACGAG